UGGUCACGUGAAGAAGAUGUUUAGUCGCGUAUAGUAUAAAAUUAAAACAUUUGUCUUUUAAAGUGAAUUUCUUAUAGGAAACUCAACAUCAAAUUCGAGGCUAUCAAAUAUUUAUAUUGUUGUCAGAAAGAAGCGGAUCAAGAACAGGAUAACGUUGUUUACUUUAUCGGUAAACAACAUAAAAAUGGAAUCUUUUGCGAAUGAUAUCAAAAUGCUGGAAAGAGGUCAGAGAUGUGCUACUACAAUGAUACCAGGAAUAAAAAAAAUAAAGCUGUGAUGAAAGGCAUAAAGUUUUGGGCUUGUUUUCUCUGGAGAAUAGAAGAAUUAGAGGGCUUAAAACAAUACAAAUGAACUGACAAAAAAAAACAUACUGUUGGAUGUUGAUGAGCAGAAGAUCAUCCUAAGAAAAUGAGUUCAGUACACCCAAAACUCUGCCAAUUUUUGUUAUUGACUUGUUGGUACAUCACUAUAAGUUCUGUUGAAAGAAUUACUGAGGACCAGGAUCCUCAUUGUGAAGAUUCAGACAAAGAUGAUCCAUCCUGUAUUAUUGAAGAUGUUAGUCAUUUUCCUGGACAUUGGCCUUCAAGUUACUGUAAAGUCAAGAAUGUAGCAUUCCAUGUAGGAGAGAAAUCUCUGAAAGUUAAAAAGUCAACCAUCUUGCAUCUUGACCAGUGCUUUGGAAUUAAGGACAUCUGGACUUUUGACUUGUUUAAGAACAAGUUUAUGAACAAACUGGACUGUGAUCAGGUUUUUGAAAGAGGAUAUUUUGUCACAAUGUAUUACUACCAUGGUAGCAACUACUUUCAUCUACACUAUGACACAGUACUACCAUUGUAUGUAGCUCUUCAUUGUGACAGCAAUAACAAAGAGCUAGCUGAUGAGGAUAUUGUGAUUUUACCAGCUAUAGAGUUAACACGAGGUCAGAAUAUAGACUGGGAAACAAAAGCUUUCAUGGAUCCAAAAAUGUACUGGAUGGAUGUAUUGCAGUUAGUAACAAGCCCUCACAAAAUCUUACCUGUUGAUCUUCGUCUCAGAGCAGUCAACAAAACCAUCUGUUUUAAGGAAGCGUUUUUUGGGACACCGCAAGUUAAGUUUUCUGAUCCAACCAUUAUCCGUGGCUAUAGAGAUUUCAUUAAGAAAAGGCUCAGUAUAAAGGAGUUAGAUAGUGGGUGGAUCCAACCUCAUGUGGGGAUUAUUCACAGGGAAGGAAGAAGAAAAAUAUUGAAUGAAAAGGAACUAAUGAGAAGUGUGGAUAAAUUUUCUGAUGUUGAAUUGAUUGACUUUUCAAAAAUGUCUUUUCAGGAGCAGGUGAAUAAAGUUCAAGAUUAUGACAUCCUCGUUGGAAUUAAUGGUGCAGGACUUACCAAUGCUUUAUAUCUUCCUAACCAUAGUGUAGCGAUUCAGUUAAUACCAUACAAGACUUUUGGCUUGCAUUACCAAGAGUUGGUUGGCUUGAUUACUAUGUACGUGGGCUACUUUGUUUUACGAAUUUUACACGAGAAGGGGGAAUAA